AUGCCUGCCCUUCCCGCCGAUGGCGACUAUAUAACAAUCUCGCAGCUCGUCGAGCCCCCCACCGUGCCCAGCUGGCGCUCCCACGACCCCGAUCGAAACGCCAAACGAACCGAUCCUUUCGCAUUCGGACAGCGCUUCCUUGAAGAAGGAGACAAUGUCUUCGAGUAUAACGCCUGGGACCACGUCGAAACAGACGAGGACUACCGGGCCUAUGCUGAGCUGCAAUAUGCCAAGCAGCGCGAGAACCCCGCUUCCGACUGGCACAAAAAGUUGUAUAAUUCAACGCCCGCAAAAUUUUGGGAUCGGUUCUACAAGAACCAUAAUCAGAACUUUUUCAAGGAUAGAAAGUGGCUGCGGCAGGAGUUCCCAGUUCUAGCCGAAGUGACCAAAAGGGAUGCUGGUCGCAAGGUAGUGCUGGAGGUAGGUGCCGGAGCGGGCAAUACAGCAUUUCCGCUCGUUAACAACAACGAAAAUGAAGAAUUAAUGGUUUACGCUUGUGACUACUCUAAAAAUGCCGUCAAAGUGAUGCGAGAAAGUGAGCACUACAAUGAAAAAUAUAUGCGCGCAGAGGUCUGGGAUGUCACUCAAGCAGAGACAGAGGGAGAGGACGGUUCUUCUUCCUUGCCACCGGAAAUGGAAGAAAACUCGGUUGACGUCGUCAUUCUCAUUUUCAUCAUGUCUGCGCUUGCACCGGAUCAGUGGGAUGCGGCCUUGCGCAACAUAUAUCGAGUCCUCAAGCCGGGAGGUGAGGUCCUAUUCCGUGAUUACGGCCGUGGUGACCUUGCCCAGGUGCGCUUUAAAAAGGAGCGUUACAUCGCAGAAAACUUUUACGUGCGAGGUGACGGAACGAGAGUCUAUUUCUUCGAUCCUGAAGAGUUGAGGCAAAUCUGGAGUGGUUGGACACCCGAGACGGGUUUGCAAAUGAACGUCAACAAUAACGAUAGCAAAGAUCAUCACGAAGAGGAAGGCGAAACCAAAGAAAUAGAAACACAGCCAACUGUUGACCAGGACGGGCAAACAAAGGACGAGACCAAAGAUUCGAUUGAAGGUGCUUUUGAGAUAUUGAAUCUAGGAAAAGACCAGAGACUUCUAGUCAAUCGUCAGCGGCGUCUCAAAAUGUACCGCUGCUGGCUGCAGGCUCGAUUUAAGAAACGAAUUAUUCAUGAUUCCGGUGAGAGCCAGAAGCCAACAUCGACGCCGGAAACAAUUGCAGAUCAGCUUGAGAAUACCACGUUAUAG